AAAACAGCUUCAGCUGCAUUUUCAAUUAAAACGACGUUAACAAUACAGCCAUCAUUGUACUGCUGCUCAUAGGCUGCGGAUUGUUUCCCCUUCGCCAUUUUCAGCCGCCAGACGGCUCGCUGGUUUAAACAUGGACGCAGACUACUCGUCCGGUUUGGAAAACCCUCUGUACAGCGAGCUGAAAUACUUCUGUAGGAAGAUACAGGAGGCCUACAACGAGCUGAAGGAGGACCUGACACCUUACCGAGAUGAUCGCUUUUACAGAUUGGCCCCCAUGCGGCUCUACACCCUGUCCAAAAGACAUUUUGUCUUGGUCUUCGUGUUCUUUCUGAUCUGCUUUGGCCUCACAGUCUUUAUUGGGAUUGCAGGUCCUAGGAUUAUUUCUGAGCAAGAGCACAAUGGUGAUCAGUUACUUCUCAAAAACCUCUCAGUUAAGACUGGGCCUUUCAAUCUAGUUUCUCCUCCCCUCACCACCUACAACCAGCAGCUAUGGCUCACCUGUGUGAUACAGGCUGAACACAGCAAUAUGGGAGAUUUCCAGCAGCCUUUUGAGAUCAAUGUUGAGCUGAAGGGAGUGAUGCAAGACGCCAGUGUGAUUCACAUCCACACCGUGCACCAGAAAUCACGAACACUACACUGCGGGGCUAAAUGUGAUGAGAUCAUUGUGCUCCACCUUGGUUAUCUGAACUACACCCAGUACCAGGUCAUGGUCAGCUUCAAAGGCCUUGAAAAUAUCACGUAUGAAAUCAGGGUCAAGUUUGUGUGGAAAACGUACAACCCUUUCUUCUCGCAUGUGGAGAUCUGGUUCCGGUUUGUCUUUGUGGUGUUGACCUUUAUAGUGACGUGUCUGUUUGCACACUCACUGAGGAAGUUUUCUAUGAGGGAUUGGGGCAUAGAACAGAAGUGGAUGUCUAUCCUGCUCCCUUUGCUGCUACUCUACAAUGAUCCAUUUUUCCCGCUGUCAUUCCUGGUGAACAGCUGGUUUCCAGGGACGUUGGACACUUUCUUCCAGGCUCUGUUCCUGUGUGCCCUGCUGCUCUUCUGGCUCUGUGUUUAUCAUGGCAUCAGGGUUCAGGGGGAGAGGAAAUGUCUGACGUUCUACUUGCCUAAGAUGAUUAUUGUAGGUCUUCUGUGGCUCUCAGCCGUUACACUGGGCAUAUGGCAAACGGUCAAUGAACUCCAAGACCCUACGUAUCAGUAUAAAGUGGACAUAGUGAACUUUCAGGGCAUGAAGGUCUUCUUCCUGAUUGUAGUUUCCCUCUACAUCCUCUAUCUGAUCUUCCUGGUCGUCAGAGCUUGUUCUGAACUCAAGAGCAUGCCUUACUCAGAUCUCCGGCUCAGGUUUUUGACAGCGCUGACGUUUGUGGUCCUUGUUAUAAGCAUGGUCAUUCUCUACCUGAGGUUUGGUGCCAAGGCUCUACAAAACAAUUUUGUCGCUGAACUGUCUACUCAUUACCAAAACUCGGCUGAAUUUUUAUCAUUCUAUGGACUACUCAACUUUUACUUGUACACAUUGGCAUUUGUGUAUUCCCCCUCCAAAAAUGCACUUUAUGACUCCCAGUUGAAGGAUAACCCUGCUUUCUCCAUGCUAAAUGACUCUGAUGAUGAAGUAAUAUACGGAAAUGAUUAUGAAGACAUGCCUUUACAAAACGGACGCGCUAUCAAAGCAACUGCCAAGUACCAGGAUGAGACUGACAGCGACUGAUGAGAUCGCUGACUGACGUGCCGCUCCUCUUUUGUGUCCCCGUUGGAACCGAUGAGAAUACAAUACAACAAACGACUGUGUAAAUAAGGAGUACUUGCAUUGGUAAUACGGAAUGAUAUACUGUAAGUGUACAUAACUAUAUUUUUAAAAAAAGUUCCAUGUCCACUGAUUGUACUGUACUUUUACUUAAAGUUGGGGCAUGUAGCCACUUUUUCUUCAUUGUUUAUUCUAUUGAAAACAAAGAAAACUAACUGAUGUAAAACGAUAAAAAAAUGCCAACAGUUUGUAAACUCUUUUCCUCAUAACCAGCAGCAUUUCUUCACAACCUGAUAGUUAGAAAUGAUGGGGGAAAAGUGCUAUUAUUAAUUGGAUUUUUCUUUUCUGUAUAAAAUCAAUGUUAUUUUUUAAUGCUUUGCGUUGAACCACUGUUGUCUCGCUAUUGCACUGUGUUGUUUCUGCCAUUCCUUUCUGCUCUCUGACAGUCUGAGAAGAAUGAGAAUGCAUAUAUCUAGCCAAAGCUGAGUAACAUUAGACUCCUGUUGCAAAGUAAAGGAUGUUUAUGUAGCAGCAGCAGACUCAAAAAUGACGUGAGUGACGAACGGGGAAUUAAAGUGCCAUAGCAGUAUUGGCUGUUGACAAAUUCUCUUUUUCCUCAGACAUGUUUUUAAAAAUACAGAGCCUUAGCUGGAAUAAGUACAACUUCCCGUUUCCACUCUUUCUAGCUUUGUAAUUGCACUUGUUAAAGAAUUUAAUUUAUUUUGCUGAAAAGUGAUAUUUGAUACUGUAUUAUCUGACUGGAUGAAUGGCUUUUGAUGAAUUGUGUGGAUUUUACACAAUUCAAUGUAAAUGGACUACUGAUUUAUCAUGUUUUUGCCUUAUGUAGACCAUAUUAUUUUAAGUAAUCGUUUUUUCUUCCGUAACUUUCCUUAUAUUGCUUACAAUGUGAGACUUAUUUCCCUUUCCAUUGUUUUAUAAAACUGGAGUUGUGGACAAAAACAGCCAAAACAAAUGUGUUUCCAUUCUUUACAAAUAAUAUCAACAUGUAUUCUAAUCAAGAUGGUGCCUUGUCUUUACAUUUCUUCUAAAUGGGCUGUAGUCUCAAAAUUGUAAAUACUUUGACAUAAAUGUAAAGUUUUGAUUCAAGGUAUUUAAAUGAGGUUGUUGUGGGUACUGCUAACUUGUAAGUUUUUGCAAUUUGUGUUGCUUCAUGAGAAAAAAAAAGCUGUACAUGUUGCACUCUGUCAUGUCACAUGUAAAUAAAGCACCGUAUAUACAGCAUA